AUGGAAGACGACGCGGCCGCCGCCGCCGCCGUAUCCAAGGUGCUCGCCGACGACGACCUCCUCGCCGAGAUUCUCCUCCGCGUCGGCUUCUCCACCACCCUCGUCCGCACCGCCGCCGUCUGCAAGCGAUGGCUCCACCACGCCUCCCACAAGGCCUUCCUCCGCCGUUUCCGUAAGCUCAACCCACCUCGCCUCCUCGGUUUCUACACCAAGAUAAAUCAAGGGGCUCCACGCUUCGUGCCUAUGCUUCCUCCCCAGCCCCCCGAGCUGGCCGCCGCCAUCCGCAUCGUCGGGGGCUACCGCUUCCCCGCAGGCCCCGACGGAGUAAUGUCUGAGGGCUACAGCUUAGGCGUGGACGGAGAGUCAUUGUUCCGUUACGAAGUAUCGGUCCACGACUGCCGGAACGGCAGCGUCUCCACCAUGCUGUGCGGCAGAAGAAGGCGUGGAUAUCGAUAUGAAUCGAGACGCAGCAUUGUAAUGCACAGCCCACUUUGCCCCGAGAGAGCCAUAGCCAUUGACCGACCACUCUCACCCCACCACCAGCACCCCAACUACGGCGGUUCUCAUGACUGUAUAAUACUCUCCAGAGAAGAAAAGGACGGCGGUUUAUCUCACUUUUAUGUGAUGCUGGAGAACCCCAUGGUGUUGGAUAUAACAUCUGCAACAAAUUUUACGGCACACGUGUUCAUCUUGAAAGAUGGAGUCUGGUGCAUGCUUGCCUCGGCCACGACACGGAUCGACCAUUGGCGGGGGGGCAUACGAGCUGUGCUCGUCGACAAUAAAAUCUACAUGGUGGCCACCUACAUAGAAAUCACCGUCUUGGAUUUGACGACCUCAAGUUUUUUCACAGUUGAAAUCCCACAGGGAGUGGGAUGUUCCAUGUUAUCACGGGCUGAUGAUGCUUCCAGCGUGUAUCUCAUCGGGGUGAAAGAACAUCAACUUGGCAUAUGGCUCCACAAGGGGGGCAGCUGGUCGAUCGUGGAUACCUUUUCUCUGAAUGACAUGUGUGCAAAUCUAAUGAUGUCAGACUGGGUUAAGGAUACUGAUUGGACUGAACGUCGGAUAACCCACGUGGGGGACAACGCUGAGUUUGUCAUCUUGCAAAGGCGUCGAGCCGUGUUCUAUCUGGAUACGAGGGGCAGGACACUGCGUAUAUUGUAUGAGGUGCCAAAAGAAGAUGAACCGUACGAUGGCAUUAUUAGAGCAAAUCCUUUUAUGAUGAUCUGGCCUCCCACAUUCCCUGCUCUAAAGUCUGAUCCUACCAGGUGUGGCACGGAAGGAUGAGGGUGUCCCGUGAAUGUUACAACAAAAUGCCAUGUGAACAAGGAAGAUAUCAGGAAGCUAUUGGAUGGUAUCUAUCUAGGGCGGUGGCGGUGAGGGUGGCAUCUGGAGAGGAGCAGUAGUGAGGUGCAUUUUCUAAGUAUCUCAUUGUAGUUCGAACUGCCACUUGUAAUGGAUUUAUUGAUUAGGAAUUAAGAUGCGAUGUAAACCGGAGCUGGUACUCAUGUCUUAGAGACUGAGGUCAUCGUUUUGUGUGGUUGAGAAGAGGACACAUUUAUGUUGAGUAGUUAUCUCUGCUAGUGUCACAGCUCUACUGCUGGCCUGCUUGUUA